AUGGAGUUCGAAACAUCGUUGGAGGCUUUCCAGGCACUGCUGGAUUUCGCUCGCCGCCUUGCACGAUGCGUCGGAAUGGACAUCCUUGCAGAACCAUACCGGGCGAACGUGCUAACCGUGUUGACCCUCGUUGGUUGCCUCAGCUACAUCGUGAUAGGGUUCUACAGCGCUUGGUUUUUCUAUCCGGACAUUUACGUGGCACUCCAAGCGUUGGCUCCGAUUGGGAUGGCUGUUCAGGGCGCCGCCAAACUGUACUCUGGGAUCAUCUAUAAGGAUUUUUUCAUCGGAAGGAUGCAUCUUUUGCAGGACUUUCAUCGGAAGCAUGCGAAAAAUGCUCGGAACAACGCGGUACUGCUGAGUUUUAUGAAGAAGAUGCACUUGGUCUGCCGGCUGCUUAUUGCGGCUUACUUCAUAUCAAUCGCCGGGUUUUCACUGUAUCCGUUGUACUUCUACUUGAUGUUUGGAGAACGAACCAUGGCGUUGACGUUGAAGCUGCCAGGGGUUGGAGUGGAAUCGGCCUGGGGAUACAGUGUAUCACUGACGUAUCAAAUGUAUCUGCUGGCGAUUGCAAUUACGGGAAUUUCAGCUGCGGAUACGGCCAUACUGAUAUUCGUAUCCAACUUGGCCGGACUGGUUGAUGUCUACAAAAAUGAUCUAGUGGAGUUGGAUGAACUGCUGGAAUCUACCGAGAGGGAUGAAAAGGAGAUCUCGUCUAAACUUAAACAAAUCAUCGUGGAUCACUUGGCGAUCAUCGACUACGAAUCCGAACUGGGAGAUCGAUACGAGAUGAUCAACUUCGUCCAGGUAGCAUCGUCGGUAUCGUGUCUAACCUUCUCGCUGUUCCUGUGCUACAUGACCAACUACAUCCCAGGAUACGGCUUCAUGCUGGCGGGACUGUUUCAGCUUCUGCUGUUCUGUCUGCUGGGAACGAUUUUCACAGUGAAAAAUGAGGAAUUAACGCUCGCCAUCUACAAUACCAAGUGGUACCUGUUGAAUAAUUCACAGCGAAAGAUGCUAUGCGUUAUGUUCCACGGCAGCCAGAACCCGGUCGAGCUGACCAUUGGCGGGCUGGCGCUGCUCAAUAUUGAAACGUUCGUCGAGAUCGCGACCCCGUCGCGGCUGUACGUCAACGGAACAAUCGGCAAAUAUGAACUGCUCAAACGGGCGGGUGUGUUUACUUAA